AUGGGCGCGCUAUUUCUGGGCCUCCCUUCGCCACAUGCCUCGUCGCGCGCCGCGUCGUCGUCACCGUCGCCACAACCACCGCCGCAGCCGCCGCCGCCGCUGCCGCCGUCACGACAGCCGCCUCCGCUUCCGCCCGCCAUCAGCGCCACCACCGUCGCUGCCACCACCGCCGCCGCGCCGCCACCGCCCGCCGCCGGCCACCGCCGCCGCCGCCGCCGCCGCCACCGUCACCGCCACACCGUCACGCGCCACCGCCGCCGCCCGCCGCCACCGCCGCCGCCACCGCCGCCGCCACCACCACCAGCCGCCGCCGCCGCCGCCCGCCGCGGUCGGCGGCCGGCGACGGUGAGCGACUGCGACCUGCUGCAAGACGCCUUCAAGCGCUACCACCGCGUGCUGCAGCAGGCGGUGCGCAAGUCGCGUGCGCACGCGCGCGCGCGGCCCCGCGCCUCCGACGCCGCCGGCGCCGCCGCCGACGGCCCCGACGCCAACAGCGCCGACGCGCUCGCCGCGCACGCCUACAAGCCCUGGCGCAAGGACCGGCGCUUCCGGGGCUACCUCGACACGCUCGAGUUUAUUAUAAACAGCACUGCUAUUGAAGAUUUCCCACGCUUCCCUCACCGUGGUCUACUAUUGGACACAUCAAGGCACUUCCUGCCUGUGUCUACAAUUAUGCAGACUCUCAGUGCAAUGGAAGCUAACAAGUUGAAUGUUUUCCAUUGGCACAUUGUUGACGAUCAGAGUUUUCCUUACCAGAGCAAAGUCUUUCCUGCUUUGAGUGAAAAAGGUGCAUAUGAUCCUGCAAAUAUGGUAUACACUCACGAUGAUAUCAAAGCAGUAAUUGAAUUUGCCCGACAGAGAGGAAUACGUGUCAUUCCAGAAUUUGACACACCAGGUCAUACUCGCUCUUGGGGAGAAGGCCUUCCUGAAUUACUUACAGCCUGCUACAUUGGGGAUGAACCAGAUGGCACUUAUGGGCCAAUAAACCCUAUACACACGAAGACUUAUGAUAUCUUAAAAAAAAUCUUCAAGGAAGUAGUAGACCUAUUUGCAGACCAAUAUAUUCAUCUUGGAGGUGAUGAAGUGAGCUUUGAUUGCUGGGCUAGUAAUCCCAACAUUCUAAGUUACAUGGAGAGCAGAAAUAUUAGUGGAGAAUUCACCGUUCUUGAAAGUAUGUACAUUCAGAAAUUGGUUGACAUUACAGCACAACUAAAUGCAAGCUCUGUUGUGUGGCAAGAGGUUUUUGAUAAUGGCGUUCGGAUACCACAAGAUACUGUGGUUCAUAUAUGGCUGGGCAACCAAGCGAGUGAAUUGAGCAAGGUGACUCAGGCUGGCCAUAGGGCUCUUCUCUCAACUUGUUGGUAUUUGGAUCAUCUAGAAACUGGAGGCGACUGGCAGAAAUAUUAUGAAUGUGAUCCUCAUGACUUCGUGGGUACAGAUGAACAAAAAGAACUUGUUGUGGGUGGAGAAGCAUGUAUGUGGGGUGAAGUUGUGGAUGAAACUAAUAUUCAAUCUCGCUUAUGGCCUCGGGCGUCUGCAGCAGCAGAAAAACUUUGGUCUGCUCACAACGUGCAGAACACUAAAGAAGCUGCACAUCGCCUUGAAGAACACACAUGCCGCAUGAAACGACGCGGUAUUCCAGCUCAACCACCUAAUGGCCCUGGGUUUUGUCCACUGUAGUAUUUUUAUGCCAAUUACUCAUACUAUUAUGAUAACAUGCAUGCCAUUACAAAUUGCCUCCUUUAAAGGUAUCUGUGUGGAAGGAAUGUAUGCGUACUGACAUAAAAAUUGUAAUAGUAGAAGUCAGAGAAGUGCCUUUCAGAAAAAGCAAUGCACCCUCUUACGCAAAUAGCGUAGUGAAAAGAAUCUAUUAAAGAAUAAUUUUAAGUGAUUAUUGAAAAUACGCUUGCAUAGAGAGAAGACUAGAUGUUUAUGGACAUGAAAAGUUGCUGUUUAUUAUACAAAUCAAUAAAGAUUUCAAUUAUAAUACAAAUUGACUUGUAUUGUUGACAUUUACCAAAUGUUUAUACACAGAUUUUAUAGUUCCUAUUAUUUACUUUGUAAAGGUAAAAAUAAAACACUCUGACUUCUGAUACUACUUCCAUUACUUGUAUUCAUCAAAUAUUUACAGAGAUGUCUUUCACAAAAUGUGUACCUAUAUAAAUAAUUAUAUUUACAAAAAAGAAGUAAUACCUUAUGAAUCAGUAUAAGAAAUUCAUAGCCACUCACACUGAAGAUAAAUUGAUAAACGAAAAUAAUUAUAAAUUAAUACAUGUAAAAAACUGAAAGUAUUAUCUUUGUUCUGUGAAGAGUACCUUACAAUCACUGGAAAUAAUGUCCCAGUAGUCUCCAUCUUCAUCUUCAGACUCUGUCGUCAAAUUAUUAGUCUCAUCAGGCUUGCCAAAAAGUUCUCCCACACAUUCCUCUAAAGAUACAAAAGAAAAUGAUUAAAAAAAAGUUUCAUUCUAAAAAGUUAGCAAGGGAAUAGGAAACAUACUUUCCAAAUCACUUAAGUCCAUUUUUGUAAUAUCUGUUUUUAUCUUGGCAAGCCAAAGCUGAUAGGCAAAAUUGUCUUUAACAAAGUAUUUCCAAUACUCUCCAUCCUGUUGUUGCCAAACUCUCAAUAGCAGAACACCUUUCUUUACAGUUUCAAGCAAUUUCCAUUUCACAGCAUUUUCUAAAGAAAAAUCAUCCAAGUCACAAAGACUGUUGUACAAAGUAGUUACAACACCAGAAGCCAAUGUAUCCCUGCAAUUACACAAAAUCUUUUUGUUUUCUUGGAUAUUCAGGAGCCAACAUGAUUCCUUUCCAGAGAAGCACACAAUUGUGUACAACCAAUCCACCAUAUAAUAACAUAAUUCUGUGCGUAAAGUCACAGUUGUCGAGCAUGUUGGAAGUAAUCUAAAUAACACCUGUGUUACACAAGAAUCUGCAACAGUUUAACUCAUCAGUCACAACAUAAAUAAAACCAUUAUUCAUUCAAGAGUCAAAUAUAGUGAGACCCCUACUUAGUGGACCUAUGUUUGCACUUUCCGUUGAAGGGAUUCACAAGUGCCUCAAACUUAGAGACAAACAAACUUUUUGCUUGUCAUGAGCUUCUCUUACCAUAUGCUUUCCUCUGCUAGGGUAGUUCUAACUAGCUAGUGAUCUAGCCUUUGGACAUGAAAAUGAAAUUAAAUCAUGUAGCCUAUGUGAAAUGUAUGCUUUCUGUCAUUAAAAUUACCCUACCACCAUUUACUGUAAACUCUUGUUUAAGUUAACAAAAAAUGUUGUCCCCAAGAUUACACUUGCUAAAUAAGGGUUUCACAGUUUAAUUAAAGAAAUAACCUUACCUCGUGUAAAAUAGGUUAAACCAAUAAGCUUUAUAUCAACAAAAGUUUUGACACCUGUACAAAAUAAUUUUUUGAAUUAAACAAAAUCCUGCACAUUACAAUAACAUGUUAAUUUUCAUCACGUAAAUUCCUCUUACCACUAUUGACACACAAUGAUU